UUCACUGUUGAAUUACAGGAUCUACCUGGCAAUAUAGUUAGAGUCAUAUUCUAAGGUCAUCAUAUAGUUCUCCUGAGGAUAGAUCCAAAUUUGGCCUUCAGCUCAGGGAAAGAACUAUAACUUUAUAUUCUCAGGUAUUGGAGUACCAGAUCCGACUGACAAAGCAACUCUCUCGUUCUGGACUUUGCCAAUACAUGAGAGAUAUUGCGACCGCUGAUGACUGGAAGGAAAUGCUCACUGAAAUCAAGCGCACCGACAAAUCGAUCGAAGAUAUAUUAGGGGAUUGGUCAAAGAAGACGGUCCAAGAGAUUCAUGCCGAACUUACCUUGAUGAAACGUGAGGUCGAAAGGCAAUUGAACAUUGUUAUUGACACUAUCAACACUCAAGCAGCUAAAGAUCAGCUGAAUACCCUCCAUCCGGUUACGCGCGCUGCCUUUGGCUCUUAUGAACAAGCUAGGGAAACAUGCCUUGUUGGUACUCAGGUGCCUUUACUUCAACUAGUUCAAAAUUGGAGUAACGAUGCCCAGGGAGAGCCUAUCCUGUGGCUCCAGGGUAUGGCCGGUACUGGCAAGUCUACAAUUGCCCGAACCGUGGCUUCUGCGUUCUACAACGGAACAUCUUUAUUAGGUCAGGAAACACUACCCAAUGAGGCGUGUCUUGGUGGUAGUUUUUUCUUCGACCAUAGGGAUGAGAACUGUAGGGACCCUAGGAAACUCUUUCCUACCUUGGCUAGAGACCUAGUUGAUGUUCUACCAGAGAUUCAGCAAUCUUUAUGUGAUGGUAUUCGUAGCCAUCAUGCUACCUAUGCAGGAUCCUUAGAUGGCCAGUGGAAACAUUUGAUCUUCAACCCUCUGAAGAUGCUGAAGACAACGCUCCCUGUGACAAUACUUUUCGUUCUUGAUGCACUGGACGAGUGUCAAGCUGGAACUAGGGAGGAUCAGGAUGACAUCAGCGAUAUCCUGGCUCUACUCAGUCAAGUUCGAGACUUAACGACUGUGCGAGUUCGGAUACUCAUUACUAGUCGUCCUGAAAUACAUAUGCGUCGUCGAUUCAAUGAGAUACCAGAAGGAAUUCGUGAUGAAACCGUGUAUAAAAUUCGACACCUAGAUGGCGAUGGAGUGAGAGUGGAUGACAUUACCCGCCUAAUUGAAUAUAGAUUGUGGGAAGUUAGAAGAAAGCAUGAUCUCCCGCGGGACUGGCCUGGAGAGGAGAGGGUCAAAAAACUGGCUGAGCAAGCAGAUGGACUGUUCAUUUAUGCAGCCACAGCAUGUCGUUUUCUUUCAAUGGCUAACAGAAAGACAAUUGAAGAUCGCCUAGGGAGGAUAUUUGACGGUGAUGUGGGCCUGGAUGGAAUGUACACUAGAAUCCUCCAGGUCGUGCUUACCGGAGAAGUGGACAACGACCAGGCGAUGUCCGACUUAUUUAAACAGGUAGUUGGCCCCAUUCUUGUUCUAUCCAGACCACUUUCCAUCAUAGCCCUAAGCAGGCUUGUUGAAGUCGAGCUUAGUGACACAAGAUGGCUUAUGGAGCACCUUUAUUCGGUCCUGGAAAUGCCCCACGGUGAUCACGGCCCCAUUAAAUUGUUACAUCUAUCAUUCAGGGAUUUUCUUCUAUCCUCUCAGCGAUGCAAAGAUAGCCACUUUUGCAUCGAUGAGAAACAAGCGCAUCGUGAAAUUUACCGGUACUGCCUGAAGAUCAUGUCUAAUGCCCUACGACGUGAUAUAUGCUGCCUUAAGGACCCAGGUACUCAAGUGACAGACAUAAAACCUUCAGUCGUGCAUGAAUUCCUUCCAGAGCAGGUUCGGUAUGCCUGUAGUCACUGGGUGGACCAUCUUCAACAGAGCGAUAUUGUGGCGUCUGAUGACACAGUGCUCUAUGACUUCCUAAGAACACACUUUGUCCAUUGGCUUGAAGCAAUGGCUGUUAUGGGAAGGAUCCCGAUCGCGAUCAUGAUAUUAAACAACUUAGUCACUCUUCAGCUGGGGACCAGCGCAAAAAUGCGAAGACUUGUUCAAGAUGCACGACGGUUUGCUGUCAGCUUCAGGUCAGUGUAUGAGGGAACCCCUUUACAAAUUUACAUAUCUGCUUUGCUCUUUGCACCGCAGGAAAGUAUCAUUCGACGUGAGUUUGGAGGAGAGAUUCCUGCUUGGAUAUCUCAGAAGCCAAGUGCUCAAAAAUAUUGGAGCCCAUUACUGCAUAGCAUCCCAAAACCACGCGGUGAGACCAUCAAACGCUUAAAAUUCUCACCUGACAGCAGACUAAUGGUGGUGGUAUCUUCGUAUAUGUACUCACAUGUGUGUCGGUUAUGGGAUACGUCAACUUGGAUUUGUCUGAAAUCGUUUGAAGAUCAAGAUAACAUUCGUGAUGCUGCCUUUUCAUCAGACAGCAAACAGUUGGCAACCGUAUCGGAGGCCGGGUCCGUCCGCCUCUGGAAUACACACACUGGGAGAUCAACGUUUCUCGAAUCUGAUUCAAGUGCGAUAACUUUCGUGAUAUUUUCGUCAAACGGCGAAAGGCUCGCAGCUAUAUCUAACGGAAAGAUCAAGGUGUGGGACUUGGUAUCAGGGAGUCUAUUACAAGAAAUACCCGAUAAUAAAAGCGACAUGGUUUCCAUAUCCCCUGAUGGCAGAUUCAUAGCAUCUUGGUCUGUUUUUGAUGUUAUAGUUUGGGAUGUUUCACAGGGGAUGACUUUACACACUCAUAGGCGACAGGGGGUCCGUACUAUCGAAUUCUCUCCUGAAGGGAACUUGUUGAUUGCAUCCAAUGAUGGCACAGUUGAGCUAUGGGAUUGCACGGCAAAUAUUUUGCAUUCGUAUAACAAUACUGACAACAAAACCUUGGUCGCGGGUUUCUCACCUGAUAGUAAAACCAUUCUCUCUCUUUUAACAAACGGUCAAGUCAACGUGUGGGAUUGGACUACAAAUGAGUUCAGAGACAAUAUACACCAUAUAAGGGAGUCAGGAAAUUCCAACCAAUAUUGCGGAAGGGCAUCAUUCCCACGAUUCGGUGAAUUCGCGGCUUCUUCGGUGGGCGAUAAACCGAAAGAGAUUUGGACACUUAUCCCGGGAGUCUUGACGGAAAUAUACAGAUUCUCCGGUAGAGUGUUAGAUGCACUUGCAUUUUCGCCAGAUGGUGAGACAAUAGCAGCCUCUGCAUGCUGGGCAGAAGAGAUCACGAUUUGGAAUGGAUCAUCAAAAGUUUCAGAGGCGUUCGAUGAUGUGCAUGAGGAUACUAUUACUGAUUUAGGCUUUGCUCCGAAUGGUACUGUUGUUGCAUCGGCCGCCAAGGAUGGCACCAUCGGAUUUUGGGAAGCGCAAUCAGGAAGGCAUAUGAAAAGUCUGCGAGCGGUGGAUGAUUCUGAGGUUCGGAGUAUAAGGUUCUCAGCCGACAGUCAAACUAUAACAUACCGAACGUAUAAUGGGCAAUGUGUUGUCUUGGAUAUACAGACGUGGAAGGUUCUAAAAAAGCUUGAACUUGGAAGGGACCCUUGGAAACUAUCGGACAUGGCAAUAUCACACGAUGGUCAACUGGUGGUGACCGGAUGUUUCCAGGACCGAAACGACACGAGUCGUAUUGAUCUCUGGAGCCUGACCUCGGCAGAACCUCUCCUUACAUUCACAGAAGGAUACAUCACUAGGGAUAAUAAAAUCUCACCCCAUGGAGGUUUCAUAGCGUCGACUUACUAUGGAUCUUCUUCAUUCCAGCUUCGACACAUACAGACAGGAAACCUGAUUCACUCCAUAGAUCAUGAAGAAAGACGUCCAGUCAUUGCAUUCUCCCCAAGUGAGAACAUGAUUGCAUCGGCAGAACAUUCCAUCAAAUUGUGGGAUACUUCUACCGGUACAUGUCUCGGGCAACGUUCAAUCGAUGGAUGUGUUGAGCUUAUGGUCUUCUCUGGGGAUGGAACGUGCCUUUGCACCAAUGAAGGUCAAUUUGAAGUUUCUUCGAUCCUCGGGGCCGACCCCGACUUGUGCAAUGAUAAGAUGGUAGGGACAGGGGUAUACGUGCAUGAUAACUGGGUCAUGGAGGGAGACAAGAAACUUAUACACCUACCUGUAGAAUACAGGGCUCGUACAUGUACUUUUGGAAGCCGUGUUGCCAUAGCUAGCAAGUCCUCUUCUGUCAUGAUCAUUGGGCUCAGUGCGAAUGAGAGGGAAAAAACGGUCUGAAG